GGGCAGUGGUAUGGAGGGAGGGAUGAAGGGCACAGGGAGGAAUCCGAUUGAAAGCGACAGUUUUCGCCGGACCGUCUGGGUGAGAGCUCAGUUGCGCAGUCAGUUGUAAGUGCGCAAUAAGGCGUGUGGUUCCCUGUUGCUGUGUUGCGCCGGGAUCUCCAGCAGCCUGCCCGGCCCUCCACCAAGAUGUUCCCGGGCGCCCUCACCCUCACCCACCCACCCAAGUUUGAGUUUCUUGCUCCACCACGGUCGUAGCUGGAGGCAAACGCGGGUCACCUUAGCCCACUCAGCCGCUGGAAACACGCCUCUGCCAGUUACCUUGGCGUGGGCCGUGUACUGGGCCUGGAAGUGUCAUAAACGAAAAGCCAAAGAAAAGAGCUUCCGGUGUGGACUGUCCGAGACUUAAGGUGGCUUUAACGUGCUUAUUAUGGAAGAUCUUAAGUAAAAUUGUUAAAAAAAAAUGUGUGAAGAGCUCUAAAUCAUGUGUUUUAGAUCAUUAUUAUUCUUUCAUCAUGUGACAUUUAAAACACAAAACAUUCUAAAACACCCCAAAAAAGUUCCCUAUAACUGAUAAAAAAUACAAUCCAGGAUAUAGUCGACAACCACGCCAGCACUGAAGGGAACAGGCAAGAACCGGCUGGUGGGUGACUGGAGCAAACUGAGCAGGACGAGGAGGACAUGAUACUGGAGAAGGUGGAGGACAUCAACAAGAAAUGGGUGGAAAGACUCAUCUCAAAGCACCUACACGCCAGAGGAGACACGCGCCCUUGGUUCCUCCUGAGCUGGAGUAUCAAAGGCUGCCCCUCCGUGGACCCCCUGGCGGGCAUCUCCUCCAGCCGUGCCUCCGUCCGUGCCGUCUACAGGCUGCAGGAGGGCGAGGAAGAGGAGGAGAUGAGAGUGGUCGUGAAGGUCACCCCGACAAAGGGCCUAAUGGCUAACCUGAUGAUCUCUCUGGGCAUGCACCGGGUGGAGGCGGGUCAGUACGGGGGGUUCCUGCGCGCGGUGGCGGCGUGGGAGGCGGUACGGCGGGGCGGGCGGCAGCGAGGCGUGGUGGAGCAGCUCGUCCCGCGCCACAACCUCGCCCUGGCCUCCGCCCGCCACCUCACGCUCGUCCUGCCGGAGCUCACGCAUCUAGGUUACAGGUUGAACACAGUGGCGGAGGGGCUUGGGGAGGCGCAGGUGCUCGAGGUGGCGGCAAAGGUCGGGUCUCUACACGGCACGGUGCUGGCGUACAAGCGGGUCACCAACACACACCUCCCCACGGCUUUCCCGGACUGCUUCCCAAGGCUCUCCGUCAGCAGUCCCGGGAUUUCUAUGUUUACCAAGCUUGGGUUCCAGAGGAUUCGGGACGAGUGGUCGAGGGACGAAAACUUGGCUCCUCUCCUGCAAAAACUGGACUCGUACGAGGCCGUGGCGCCAGCGUUCGUUGUGAAUAGCUUGGAGCCGAUCGAGCCCUUCGCCACGAUGAUUCACGCGGACCUGCAGCCGUCGAAUCUGUUCUUUCGGAGCUCGCCUGACGGUGGCACCGAACUCAAGAUCAUCGACUGGGCCACCGCCAGGUACUCGCAAGGCACCUUCGACCUGGUGUACCUCCUCAACGUGUGUCUGGAGGCGGGCGUGCGACGGCGGGCCGAGGCGCGGGCCAAGGACGCCUACUUCAGGGCCUUCAACGCCGCCCUCACCGACCUGGGUGGCGGUUUGACCCUGCCCAGGUUGACCUUUGAGAAGCAUUACCUCCUGGGGCGUCAGCUGAUCGUCAUCUGGAGCAUCAUGACCAUCAACAUCUUCAGCAGCAAGAGUCUCCGUCAGCGCCUCCUAGAUAUCCUCACUGACGUGCUGUUCGACCCUAAGGUGGGCCCGCUCAGACUGUAGCAUGCGGCGCCCUCGGCCACGCCCCUGAUUCGUGCUCAGGUCUCAAAGGAAAGUGCUGGAAUAAUUUCAAGUGACUGUGAUCGACUAUAUUCUUUUAGCCAUUCAUUGUGUACUUUGUCUUUGGUGCUUCCAUAUAGUGCAGUUCAUUUUGGUCGCGUAUGGACUAAAAGAUUGCACUAUAUUUGUCUCUCCCGUAUAUAUCAUCAUUAUCGUUUUAUCUUUAUCAUAAAACUUCGUUACUCAUAAUAUCCGUUUCCUACAGUGGUAAACUUGAUGGUGUACAAAUAAAGUUCCAUAAUCUACGUAUCUUCA